GUUUGCAACAAGUCCCCCAAAUAACCUCAUUUUAACCGGUCCUUCACAUGAACCCAGUAGGCGGUGAGAGAGAAGCGUUCUACGGGAACACUUUUCCUCUCUCUCUGUCCUUUUCGUGCUAUUGCUGCUGCAGAAACUUGCUGUGCGCAAACACAUCCUUCUCAGGAGGUAAACAGUCGUAUUUGUUCAGGAGAGCCAGCAGACGUUGGGCGUUUCCACACCUGUCCGCUGAGGGGAAAGCAGCAGGAGGAGGAGGAGGAGGAGGCGGAGGAGGAAGGCAGCAUGAUCGACCUGAGUCACCUGACGGAGGAGGAGCAGGAGAUGAUAAUGAUGGUUCUGAAGAGGGACGCCGAGCUGAAGCGGGCCGAGGAGGAGAGAAUCAGAAAACUGGAGAAAGAUCUGCACACUGGGUCUCAGGAUGACGUGAAGCUGAAGUACCUGUCGGGGGAAUGGUUCUACGACGCCAAGUCUCAACGACACAGCGACAAAAUCCACGGGUCAGAGAUCAUCCUGGCGUCCAUGAAGCAAGGGAAGACGGCUAGCUUAGAUGGGUCUCUUCGACUUGAGAGAACCAAGACGCCCAGCAGCCGAGGCUCAGACGUGGUGCCUCCACCGAAACCUGCGAGGUGUUUUGAGUCAUCGCAGCCACAGCAGAAGAAUGAUGCAGAGAAAGAAAAUCGAUAUUCAACAGUCCGUUCCCCCAAAAUGCCGAGACACAACCCCUUUAAUCGUGCUUCCCUCAUUGUUUUCGAACCGCCUGAAAAUAACCUCGACACGACCUCCCGUCUGGACCGGGACACACGGGAGUCAGAGCCGGUCUCUCCUCUGAAGAAUCACCCGGCGGUGGAGUCCAGUCAGACGUCGGGGGGCUCCAUCACCUCAGAAAGCUCCUCUACAGGUUUCAGGCCCGUACCGAAGAAGAGGACGUUCCUGCCUCGACGCAGCAGCGCUCAGUUACAAAGCGGCGACCAGCAGGGGUUAAACGCCCAGGUGAGGCCUGCGGGGAUCGUUCCUGCCCCGAGACGGAGCCGCCAGCAGGGAUCCAGCGGGAGCUCCAACCAGUCUGGCCUGAAGAUUACAGGGGAAUCGCCUCAGGGAAAUGUUUAUAUUCAGGGGAUGGAUUCUGCUCCGACAUCCAAAGCAGCAGAUUCUAAUUUCCUGCAGCCGCUGGGGGCUGCAUCCCAGGUGUCCUCUAAUUCAAGUCUGGAGAGAGACAAGAGUACUGCUUCUGUACCGAGAGAGCGACCCGCUGCUUACGCCAGGACGGAUGUGUCCGCUGACAGGGAAGCAACGAAACUGUGGGUCAAAGCUCAAGAUGAUCAAAGGGAGCUUUCAGCCUUAGACAUUUUCAGCCUACCAAGCGGUAACGUUCAGGACAAAGACAACAACAGCAGCAGCGUGGGAACAUCAGGGCGACAGGAGGAGAUGAGCUUACCUCCAGACGCAGCGGAUCCAAUCACUCCAACGUCAUAUGGUCUCCACUUCAUUGACAAAUCCAAUCAGCAAACCCAGAAGUCUAAUCAGAUGAAUGUCUUCAAACUGUCCACUCAGACGUCGAGCCCAACCGGUGAAGAGGACGACUCCAUUGCAAAAGUGCUCGACUGGUUCAGUCGCAGCACCGACAGCAGCGAUUGGCUGAACUCGGAAGACACUCCCAAGACCUGUAAGAGCUUCGAUAAACAUGUAGCUGUCGGCAAACCAAGGGAGGAAGAGUCGUUUGACAGAGACACUAGUGAAAGAAAGAGGGACAGAUUUGAAACCAAUAGGAGUCCCUUAAACAGAAUCCCUAAUGAAGAUAACAGAACGGGAAUUAAGGAGAUGCUCGAUACUCACGAUCUGCAUUCGCAAGACAUUAGAGAUGUUUGUGAAGAGGGCCAGCCAAUUAAGAUUUCUCAUCUGAAAUCAUUCUGGGAGAAGAGCAACGCGGGCCCGAAGAUACUUGUCGGCAAAUCUGUGACGCCUGGUCACAAAGUUGCAAACCCUGCUCAGGUUUACACAGCUAAAGAAUCUGAUUUACACUUUGCUCCUGAGAAGUACCGUGGAAAGGAGAUCUAUGAUGCGUACACCCCAGAUUCCAGCGAUGAAAGAGAGCAGCAGUCACCAAACAGCCUUAAAAUAAAAACGGUAAACUGUAUUUACUCGGAAGCACCCGAAGAAUACAACGACUCAGCCCAUUUUAAGCUGCCGUCCAAUCCCCAAACUGCAAACAGAAGAGCUUUGGAUGGAGAGGCUUCACGUUCAAACAGACCGAACCCAUUAGAAGGCAGAGUUAUGGAUCAAGAGUUUGAGAAUGAUUCUGCAGUCCAACCAAAGCUUCAGCCAAACAGCCUUUCAGGAUCUAAACACUCGUCACUGCAAGACCUUCUGUCCAAAAGUGCUCCCGCAUCUCAGCCGAAUGCUGACCUCCCAGACAGGAUCGGCUUGGUCUCCGAAAUGCUCAGUUUGUCCAGAACCAGCUCACAUGUGGAUGAGAACGAAGAGCAACUCACCAUGAAAGCAAAGAUUUACAGAGAAUCGGUCGAAGACUCGAAGAGGCGAGACACAGAGGACAACAACUUGCACUCAGGCUCGUCUCCAAAAAGAAAAGAUGAUUCCGCCAACAAGGACAGGACCGGGAGCUCCCACGCAAACAGGCAGCCGUCACAACACCAAGACAGCACAGCGGAGAAGAUAAAGCAGCUGAAGUCCUUCUGGGAGCAGGAGCUUAACAAGCCGGUGUUUUACACCGGCAAACCUAAAGCUCCUGGGGAGGGGAGGGUCAGUCGUGGAGUCAACCAGGCAAAACUCAAUAAAAGAUUCACAAAGUCCGAGUUCGACUUGAGAUCAAUUGGAAACUAUUCAGGAAGCGACGAGGAAGGUGAUAACAAGAAUCACCAGAAUUUUACGGUCCUACCGUUGAGUAACAGGUUAGAUAAGGUGAAUCCAAGUCUUGGAACCAGUCGUGCCCAGUUUAACUUCCUGCGGGACUUCUGGGACGAGGCUACCUCUGACUCCAGGAUCUCGUUAACCUUGGACAAACCCAAAAGCCCCAAAAGGAAAGAGUCCCUCCUUCCCCACCUUUCAUCCCAGGAGAUAAAGUCCAUAGACCCUGAGCUUUGUCAAGUAAAUCCUGCUCUUGAGAAAACCAGAGGAGCUAUCAUAAAGUCGUUUCCUUCUCCUCAGACCCGCUCAAAGUCUCCACAUGAUAAACAGGUGGGAUCUGGGCCAAAGUUACAGAGUGACACCAAAAGUAACUUGCCUAGUUACAUACCAGCUGAGCAGGGGCAGCAGAAACAUGCCAAACGGAGCACAAAGGACUUCAGUCGAGAAGACAGGUCCACAAAGCCACAAAGCGGUGUAUCCAAAGAGAUCCGAUCUCCAAAAGGCAGAAAAGACAGCUUUAGCAUCUCCAGCAGCCGUGGAAGUUCCCUGCGCCGUGCAACCAGCAUGUUUGCCCUGAGUGCAGACGAAGAAAAAGCUCCGAACCGACUGAGAAUGGACAUAAGCCCAGUCCGGUCUCAGAGCAGAAAGCACAGACAGCUCGACCCAGAGUUUGUGAUCCCUCGAGCGCGGGCUUUUGUUCCCACGGACUACCGCCACUACCUGGGAAUGACGGACAAUACCAGCGUUCACACCACGCUCGCACCGGCGCCAAACGACGAGGCCCCAGACGUCAAGUCCGGUUACAAUCUUGAUCUGAGCGGGCCGGUGAGGGCCAGCACGCCGGUGGGCUCAGAGGAGCGCCACGGCAGGAGGACAAACAAGACGAGCCAGCGGCCGGUGUGGGCGAACUACAGCAGCUCGGACACAGGCCCGGAGUCGUCUGUCAGCAGUACGUCAGAGACAUGGUCCAACACGAGGAACAGCUCAAAUCGAGCGAAUGAUGAAGACGGGGAAAACCCAGUGAGGAAGGCGCUGCGGCGAGCAGAGGCACGGCCUAAAAAUCUGGCUAAAAGCAUGGAGGACAUCACUGCGUCUGCAGCACCACGACAAGAAAGGAGAGCCGACCCAGCCGCUGAUCUCAAGCGCAGCAGUGAAGUUUCAGCCACCUCUUCGCCUUCCUCCUCCUCUUUUUCGGAUCCGGACCACUUAAAGAAGAUGAGCAAAUCGGUUCCCUCGUUUUUACAGAAGGAGGACCAUGGCACUGACACUGACUCCUCUGAGCGCAGUAACCCUCUAGGAAGACUAACAGCAGGCAGCUCAGUGACUGUUCUGAGCAGCUCCUCUGGCAUGACGUCUGUUUCCUCUCUGAGUGGAAGCGUGAUGACGAUGUACAGCGGGGAUUUUGUCGAGGUUCAGGGAACCAUCCAGUUCUCCAUCAACUACGUCCAAAAGCUCCGGGAGUUUCACAUCUUUGUGGCCGAGUGCCGCGACCUGGCUGCUGUCGAUCCGAAGAGGAAUCGCUCUGAUCCGUAUGUCAAAAGUUACCUGGUUCCUGACAAAGCAAAUCUUGGGAAAAGGAAAACAUCUGUAAAGAAAAAGACACUGAAUCCGACUUUCAACGAGAUCCUCAGAUAUCGUGUUCGCAUGGAGUACCUCAGGACCCAGAUGCUCAUUCUUUCUGUUUGGCAUCAUGACACCUUUGGCAAAAACAGCUUCCUGGGGGAGGUAGAUGUGGACCUCUCCAAGUGGGACUUUGACCACACCCAGAUGAAUUACUUAGCGCUAAAAGCUAGGGCGCUACCUCCGGUGGCACCGUUAAAUGGGCGAGGAGAGAUGAGACUGGCAGUACGCUACCUGCCCCAGAUCACCCACAGUGAAGGUUUGACAAAAGAUGUUUCCAACACUGGAGAGAUUCAUAUUUGGGUGAAAGAAUGCAAGAACCUGCCUUUGGUCAGAGCCACCAUCGACCCUUGUGUUAAGUGCUUUGUGCUGCCGGACACGAGCAGGAAGAGCCGGCAGAAGACCCGUGUUCUGCGUCGGACUGCAGACCCGGUGUUUAACCACACCAUGGUGUAUGAUGGCAUCAGUGAAGCCGAUCUAAUGGAGGCCUGUGUGGAGCUCACUGUAUGGGACCGAGACAGGCUCGCAAGCAGCCUGCUGGGAGGGCUGAGGCUUGGAGCAGGAACAGGAAGGAGCUAUGGAGCACUGGUGGACUGGAUGGAUUCUGGCCCAUAUGAGGUGGCGCUCUGGGACCGCAUGAUCGCCUCUCCCAGUGAAUGGGUGGAGGACGUGCUGCCGCUGAGAAUGUUAAAUUCUGCUAGAACAGCUCUAAAAUAAAGACGGCCAACUGCUAUAGGAAGUAUUUAUUUGUAUUGAGAAAAUUACGGUUAAAUUAUUGUUUUAAGCUCAGUCAGUGAAACAGUAUCAGGAACGUUAUUACUAGGUUUGAAAGGUUUGAGUGUAUGAUGCAGAAAAAUCAAACAUUUAAUAAAAAGAGUGUUAAUGCAAUUUAGAAGCAAAUAGUUUUGGACACUGCUGUAAGUUUUCAGUGACUUUAUAUUAAAGAGCUUUCUAUUGCAUUUUUAUCGCAGCACUUUUAAGCUUUGGUUGUGAGAUUUAGAUCUCGCAGCUGCACGUUGUGCCAAAAAAACAAACAAACAACAAACUCAAAUAUGAUUUAAAUAAAAUACACUGGGUAAUGCAUUUUGAAAACUUGUAAUGGGACAGCUUAAUUUUGUGAAUUUUGUUACACAUGUCCUGCUUUGAGUCAUGAAAUUCAGGGAAGUCAUAUAUACAAAUUCAACAUCUGCAUCAUUUUACUUGUAUAAAAUGCUACCAUACUACCACAUCCUGCUGUCUGGCACCUUUAAAAUGCUUUUUUUCCCCCAGCUUACAUUUAUAUUUGUCAUCUUGUGCAAAAUGAAACAGCCAAUAGAUCUUACUCUGUGUCCUUGUUGUGUUGCAUUAAAACUUUCAUUACAUCGGCUGUGACUCAUAAACAAUCUCAGAUCAGUGUUUCUUUUGACUGAAGAUGUCCCAAUCCAAACAACAAUGAAGCAUUUUAGAUACCGCAGCCCCUGGAGAAACCUUUUAAAGGACCCCGGAGAUGCCUUAACCUUUAGAUGAUUUCAGCUAACAGCUUUUUGCAACUAAAAUUCAAUUAAAUGUAUUUCAGAAAUGCAUCGACAGUGUGUUUUGUGAUAUUCUGCUUGUA